ACAAAUGGUGAAUUUGGGGUCCGCAAAUCGAGAAGCUCUGAUCGCACAAAGCAUCUGCGCAACUGUACUGAAAGGAAACUGGAAAAACAUUCUGAAACACAAACUCGAUUCAGGACUACUAACAUCAUCCAUAACCACGCAGGUACUCUCCGAGCUCUCUUCUUAUUCCAGUUAUGGCGGACCUUCUCUCUCACUAAGUUUUUUCACCUGGACUGAUUCGAUCCCAAGUUGCAAACACACCUUACAAUCUUCAUGGAAAAUGAUCCUCAUCCUCACAGAACAUAAACAUUUCAAAACCGCACACCAACUGCUCGACAAAUUGUCUCAAAGAGAGCUUCUAUCAUCACCUUUGGUUUUAAGAUCUCUACUUAAUGGUGUUUCGGAAGACCCAGAAGUUCUCUCUCAUGUCUUUAGCUGGAUGAUAAUAUAUUACGCUAAAUCCGGUAUGAUCAGUGACUCAAUCGAGGUUUUCGAGCAGAUUAGGAGUUGCGGUUUGAAGCCUCAUUUGCAAGCUUGUACUGUGUUGCUUAAUAGUUUAGUUAAAGAGAGAUUGACUGAUUCAGUUUGGAAGGUGUUCAAGAAAAUGAAUAAGUUAGGUGUUGUGGCUAACAUUCAUUUGUACAAUGUGUUGGUUCACGCGUGUUCUAAAUCCGGUGAUCCUGAGAGAGCAGAGAAGCUGUUGAGUGAGAUGGAAGAGAAAGGUGUGUUUCCUGAUCUUUUUACUUACAACACUUUGAUCUCGGUGUACUGCAGAAAGGGUAUGCAUUACGAGGCUUUAUCGGUGCAAGACAGGAUGGAGAGAAGCGGGGUUGCUCCUGAUAUCGUUACUUAUAACUCGCUUAUACAUGGGUUUUGUAGAGAAGGUAGAAUGAGAGAGGCCACGAGGCUGUUUCGUGAGAUCAAAGGCGUUGUUACGGCUAACCAUGUUACUUACACUACUUUGAUUGAUGGGUAUUGUAGAACGAAUGAUAUAGAUGAGGCUUUGAGGUUACGCGAGGUAAUGGAGGCGAGAGGGUUUUCUCCUGGAGUUGUGACUUACAACUCGAUUCUACGUAAGCUGUGUGAAGACGGAAGAAUAAGAGAAGCUAACCGGCUAUUGACUGAGAUGAGUGGGAAAAAGAUAGAACCUGACAACAUCACUUGCAAUACUUUGAUCAAUGCGUAUUGUAAAAUCGGAGACAUGGUGUCUGCUGUGAAGGUAAAGAAGAAGAUGGUCGAUUCAGGGUUAAAACUUGAUAUGUAUUCCUACAAAGCAUUGAUUCAUGGGUUUUGUAAAGUGUUGGAAAUGGACAAUGCAAAGGAGGAGCUGUUCUCUAUGCUAGAGAAAGGCUUAUCACCAGGAUAUUCCACUUAUUCUUGGCUCGUAGAGGGAUUCUAUGACCAGAACAAGCAAGAUGAAAUCUCAAAACUGCCUGAGGAGUUUGAGAAAAGAGGUCUUUGUCCUGAUGUUGCUCUAUAUAGAGGAUUAAUAAGAAGGAUAUGUAAGUUAGAACAGGUGGAUUACGCCAAAGUGUUGUAUGAAUCAAUGGAGAAGAAGGGUUUGAUGGGAGAUAGCGUUAUAUACACUACCAUGGCUUACGCGUAUUGGAGAACAGGGAAGGUCACUGAAGCUUCUGCUUUGUUCGAUAUAAUGUAUAAUCGACGGUUGAUGGUAAACCUGAAACUGUAUAAAUCUCUCAGUGCCUCCUACGCUGGUGACAAUGAAGUGUUGAGAUUCUUCUGGAGUCAUGUAGGUGAUAGAAGUCUCAUUUCGAAAAGCAUCUUACGGGAUAUGAACAGAAGCGAGGUCUUGUGAAGUAUGAGCUCAGUGUUGAUCACGAACAAGGUUGAGAUACACUUAAGCAGGGUUUCGAGUCGCUUGGACUCGUAAGUGAGUGAUUAAAGGUACUGAAAUCUUGUGUUCUCUUACUUUGUUUUGUGAAGAAUUAAACUCAAAAGUUUCAUGCUUUUAAGAGAGUCUGGGUUUC